AUGUUGGGCAGCCAAGCGGGAAUGGGAUCCUCCCAAGGAUCUGGUCGACGGGUGAUCGAGAUGGAAGAAAUAAGCCCCAAUAGUUGCUUGCUUGAGGGUUCAACCUCUUCGUCCUCAUUGCCUCACGAACUACAUGAGCACAGGAUCAACAUCGAUCCUUCGAACCAAGGAACACAAAUCGAUCCAUCUUAUCCAGGCUAUCGAUCGCUUACAGACAGCUUAGCUGGGAAGUACGACCAUCUGGACCACAACUCCAACUCUGCCUGUCCGAAGUGCACAAAGGACUUGACGCUGUUGGAUGAAGAAUCCAAGAUGAUUCCUUGGAAGAAGUUUGAGGACUGUAAACACAUUUAUCACACUGGUUGUUUACCCGCGGGGUACCAGAGGAAAGCGUUGGAUAUUUGUCCCUCCUGUUUGAAACUUCGAGCACGGCUGGCCCGAGAAGCACGAGUCCACGCCAGUCAAUCAGAGGAGAUCGCUGCCGAAGAAGAAGAAGAACACCAAGAUUUGAUGAGGCGCACAGCUACUAUUGGCGUAGCUAUUGGCGGCGCUGUAGGCGCUAUGACCUUGUUCAAGUUUGCCAUGGAUAGCAUUGGGUUCUGA